CUCGGAGAUCUAUCUUCACAGGACUCCAUAUUACCGAGCUAUCACGACUUACUCAGAUCUCGAAUUCGAUCUCGCCAACCACCUAGGACAAGAUGUCGCUCACCGGCCCAAAUGGACAACCAAUCAACCCUGAAGAGACUGAGAACUUCGAGGAGAUCGAGAAGCAGUUCGCCGUGAAAGUCGUUGAGCACAUGUCCACCUACUGGGCCAUUCUUGAAAAGAUGCCUGGCUCCAAGCUGCGACUCACCAAGAUGGACGACGAGAUCCUCGAGCACUUCAACACCGAAUUUCCAGACUUCGAUCUCAAAGCCACCAUAAACGAGGACGAAAUGAAGAGCAAGGCUGGCAAGGAGAAGUGGCGUAACUUCAUAAACGCGUAUGAGAACAAGGUGGAGGACUACAACUUUGGCACGAUGCUGCGGGCAAACCCUGCUACGGAGUAUAGUGAAACCGGAAGCAUUUUCGCUGUGCGCAUGCAGUUCUAUGCCAUUGAGAUCGCCAGAAACCGAGCUGGCCUCAAUGAUUGGAUUUGCGAGAAGGCCAAAGCCGAAAAGUCCUCUUCAUGAAGCGACAUUGCGAUUACCGAAGCUCUUGCCUGUGCCCCGAGCCGUUAAGAAUGCCGUUAGCAAAUCCAUCCACCUGCAGAAAGUCAACUACCGCAGCUUCAGCGCAAAAGGACAAAUACCGCCACGCUGGAAAUCGUGUCGCGUCAAGAUUACCUACCGCUCAUGACUGUUGUCCGGCGUCAAAAGCUGCCGCGAACGAUAUGCAGUACGUCGAUGUAAACCUUGACAGAGGGAGGACACAUUGUGUGUUGGUCGUGUUGAGUCCAAUAAUGCCGUACACUGGUUAAACGACGUUCGGCUUACAGCUGCAGAGAAAGUAGAUAAAAGGUAGUGGGCUUGGCGCUGGUGAAGAACAAUACUAAGGAACAUUCUUGGUCCCC